AUGGCUCCUUCUCUGAUGUUGGGUGUUGCUGAUGUCUUGUGCUGCUUGGGGUAUCAAAAGAAAACACGCGCCCAUUUGGCCGUCGAAGUGAAUCUACCAUUAAGAGAAAUCAGCAUCAACUACCCGGCCAGCAUCUUCAGCGCGGUUCAGGCCAGAAGAUUCGCAGAACUGCUCUCAAAGACCAUCUCGGAGCUCAUCGAGAAUGCAGGCCAGCGCCUAUGUGAUUUGAAUUUGCUCCCAGCCACCGACGCGCGCAAUAUCGCGGCUUGGAACGAUCGAGACCUAGGCUCCUACGAUGUCUGCCUCCAUAAUGAGAUAUGCAAACGAGUAGAAGAAUUGCCUGAGAGCCCUGCAAUCUGCGCCUGGGACGGUGAUUUAACCUACCGCCAGCUAGACGUCCUUUCAUCUCGUGUUGCUUGGAAGCUUCAUGAAGUUGGCGUAGAUCCAGGAUCGUCCACUGUGGCCUUUUUGUUCCGCAAGUCAAAGUGGUCGGCUGUCUGUUUGCUCGGUAUCUUGAAGGCUGGUGCAGCUGCUGUGGCCCUGAAUCAUGACCAUCCGGAAGAGAGACACAGGUAUAUUCUGCAGACUACCGGGGCGAUCGUCCUGCUUGUUGGCAAAGAUCUGGAAGACUCCUUGGAGAUACCACUUGACAGGUCACUCACAAAGCUAGCCGUCUAUGAUUCUCUGUUUGACAGCGACUUGUCCGAACCAGACCGUGCCGGGACAUUCGUUUCGACCAGUGUUAAGCCAGAGGAUGCUGCGUACAUUCAAUUUACCUCUGGCAGCAGUGGUACGCCCAAGGGAAUUAUAAUGGAACAUCGUACCUACAUGGCAAACGCAAUCUCCCAGAUCGAAGCAUACCAUAUAAACAAGGAGUCUAGGGUUCUCCAAUUCGCAAGCCAUAGUUUUGAUGCUUUUUUGACCGAGGUUGUCACAACACUGCUCGCAGGAGCCUGUGUCUGCAUCCCCUCUGAAGAGAGCCGCUUCAAUGACCUGUCAGGAGCCAUAAGUGACUUCCAGGUCAACUGGAUGGGCAUGACACCGACUCUUGCUAGGACACUGACACCAAAGAAUGCCCCCACCCUAAAAACUCUUGCAACAUGGGGGGAGGUGACCAGUGACGAUAUCAUUGAGGCCUGGGCAGACGAAGUCGACCUAUUCAACCUCUAUGGUCCAUCGGAGAACUCAGUUGGAGCAACAGCUCAUUUGCUAUCCAAAGGAAUCCGAGAUCCUAGCCACCUGGGCAAACCUAUUAAAGCAGUUAAUGCGUGGAUUGUUCGAAUCGAUAACCGGGAAAGGCUUGCACCUAUCGGGACUGUCGGUGAGCUUGCUCUACAAGGCCCAACGGUUGCCAGAGGAUACCUGCAGAAUGAUACCCUAAAUGCCGAUUCGUUCAGAAACUGUAUACCGUGGAUGAAAAAUGAAGCUAGACACCAGAGAAUCUACUAUACAGGUGACCUUGUUCGAUAUAUAGCUGACGGUAGCUUGGAGUUUCUUGGUCGUCGAGACACCCAAGUCAAGAUCCGAGGUCAUCGGAUAGAGCUUGGUGAGAUUGAAUAUCACAUAAAUCAAGUACUCUGUGGGUCGAAUUUUGGCUCAGUGGUAGAAAUAGUUUAUCCUUUAUACCGCCAAUGUCAACCGAUGCUCAUUGCAUUUCUGGAUGCACGCAGUGAUUGUAUCACUAUGCCAACGCAUGAUCUAUUGCUACCUGCAUCUGAUAGAUCCAGAGCUAGAGCAACUGAGAUUGAAGAAUAUUUGACUAAGCGUCUACCGACACACUUUAUCCCUUCACUAUAUUUACCCCUGGCAUACAUACCAACGAAUGCAUCUGGAAAGGCAGACAGAAAAUUGCUCAAAGCAGCCUGCGAGCUUCUGUCAGAGUCGGAUUUCCUGACGUAUUCAUCUCAGGCUAAACCAAAGACCGCACCCCAGACAGAAAUUGAAGCUAAAGUAGCUUCUCUCUGGGCGGACUUACUCGGUGUCGAAGUGAAUAACAUUGGCAGAGAAGAUAGCUUUUUCUGGUUGGGUGGAAAUUCCAUCCUUGCUAUGAGAUUUGCUGUGGCAGCUCGCAGCGAAGGCCUUCAGGUCACUGUGGCUGAGGUUCUUUCGAAUCCACGACUGAACCAAAUAUCUGAUAUUCUAGCAAAGCAGAAUCAACACCCACAGCCAGAUGGUAGCCCACUAUAUGAACCCUUCUCCGCCUUGCCUAUUAGUCUAGGCAAAGAUUUUAUCUCCAAAACAGUAGCUCCCCGCUUGGGUGUGGACGUUAAUGACAUACAGGAUGCUGCUCUAGCUACGGAUUAUCAGAUUGAGAAUCUUGCCUGGUCUUCCCUGAAGACCCGUGGUGGUACAAAUUAUAUUACAUUUGACUUCUCUACAACGGGCGUUACGGCUGUCAAUCUCCAAGAAGCCCUGGAAAGGCUGAUACUUUAUCACGAUAUCUUGCGGACGGUUUAUUUGGUAUUCAAGAGAAAAGUCUACCAAGUCACGCUGAAGCAACUUUCAGUUGAUAUUAUACAUUGCAUGUAUACCAAGGAUGUUUCUCAGGCUACCUCAGACGUUGUGGAAGCAGAUACUCCCAUGCCAGUUGAAAUUUCUCGCUCACUUCUCAAAUUUUGGCUAAUUCGUGGUCUUGAUGGAAGAGUCCAACGUAUGGUUAUGCGUGCAUCUCACUUGCAGUAUGAUGGAGUGAGCCUCAUACGUCUAUGCAGGGAGCUUGGUUCUGCGUUUCAUGGUCAGGAACUAUACCCAACUACUUCAUUCUUUGCGUACUCUCACUUUGCUGCAACACAUAGUGAGGAUUCUGCAAGAGCUUUCUGGAGCAAGACGCUGGCUGGCUCUGCCAUGACUUCCAUUUUCCGCCACACCAGCAUCCCUUGGAAAUACGUGCUUGAUGGGCAAGUUGAUAUCAUGAUCGAUACUAGUGCUGUUCGUUCGGACUCCGAGAUAACUAUCGGCACUAUAAUAAAGGCUGCGUGGUCUCUGGUUCUGGCAGAAAUGUCUGGCAGCGAUGAUGUCGUUUUUGGCUCCGUUAUAUGGGGUCGGAACGCCAUGUACCCAGGAAUCGAGCAUGUAGCAGGAGCCUGCAUAGACAAUAUCCCGGUUCGAGUUCGCCUUGGAGACAAUAUGACACGGCGACAGCUCCUAGAACAAAUACAAGGACAGUACUUUGAAGCCGUCAGCUUCGAAAAUUUCCAAUACAAGCGGAUUGUAGAAGAAUGUACUGACUGGCGGCCAUGGGAGAGACUUAGCACUUUGGUGGAGUACGAAAACCUCGGCGAGGAAACCACCAGCUUCAAGCUGGAUGAGACGCAACGCUUUACGGUUGAUGAGAUCCGGCCCCCAGCGGAUCGGCAUGACAUCACGAUAUUCAGCACACCUGUUGGACCAGAAAAGACAUUUAUUGCUCUCGAUUUUUGCAAAGAUACCAUCCCCGAGUCUCUAGCACAAAAGAUGCUAACCCGCAUGCUGGAGCAUAUCCGUGGCUUCCAUGACAAUAUCGAUGACCCACUCCAGCUUGCUACAGCAGAUAUUAUGAAGUUACCUUCUAUCCCCAUGCUACUCCCUGACACCGUUUCUCAAAGUGACAUGGAUCCAGUAAGGCUACAAUCAUCUCAUGCUGUCAUAUUUUCCUCCCAGGAGUUUCGCGAGAGUCAGAAGUUGUUUGUAGAGGAAGCUUGGGCUGAUGCUUUGGGUUGUCAGCCAGAGCAGCUGGCCAUAUAUUGGACAGAGAGAACUCCCUUUUACAAUGUGUGGGGCAAUCUCAUUGCUGCCUUUGGUAUUUCAAAAAGGUAUCAAGGAAACGGGAUAUCUGUCAGUAUGGAGCAAGUGCUGGAGAACCCUGACAUGCAGUCUCAGGCGGCAUUGCUCAUAAACAUAGCCAGUAGCUAG